GAAACGUCAGCCACGUAUGAAAGAUUGUCAAAGUCGGAACAUUUCACUUUCGCGAUUGUUGGCUACCAUCGAAAUUUCUAUUUAUUUUAUAUUAGAAUUUUAAGUAGCUAUAAGAAAGAAUGGCUGCAAAAUUAUUUUCGUUAGUUCUUCUGAUCGUCGCAGCUGUAGUAGCGGACGAAGAAGCAGCUGUGGCUCGGCUACUAGUUUCGAAACAAGUAUUGAACAAAUAUUUAGUGGAGAACAUGGAUAUUCUGAUUAAAUACACUCUGUACAAUGUUGGAACCGCUCCAGCGGUGGACGUGAAUCUCGUGGACAACGGUUUCCACCCAGAAGUGUUCGCAGUUGUCGGUGGGCAGCUUACAGCCGAGAUUGACAGAAUUCCCCCCCAGACCAAUGUUUCACACGUAGUCACCGUUAGAUCGAACAAAUACGGUUAUUUCAACUUCACCGCCGCUGAGGUUACUUACAGGCCAAGUGAAGACUCCACUGAGGUGCAAUUCUCGAUCAGCAGUGCUCCCGGUGAAGGUGCUAUUGUCGCCUUCAAGGACUACGACCGCAAGUUCUCGUCUCACAUUCUCGACUGGGCAGCAUUCGCAGUCAUGACUCUGCCGUCUCUGGCCAUCCCCUUCGGCCUAUGGUACUCAUCAAAAAGCAAAUAUGAGAAGCUCGCGAAACCCAAAAAGACUCAUUAGGUUAAGUUUUAGUUAGGUUAGGUAAUUGCUAAUGUUGAUAGAAUUUCUGUUUUAAAUUAUGUUAAUUGUGAUUUGAGAUCCUCUUUCUGCAUGUUGUUUUCUCAAUUUGAGUAAAACUAUUUAUUUGAAUUAAAGUGUAGUGGUAUCUUGAUUUAAAUGGUUAAUAUUGAUGAAAUAACAUAAAAUUCUGUUCUAUUUUAUAAUUUGUUUAUCAAACUUUAUGAUUGUAUAAGCACAAAAUAAUGUAGAACCUUAGUUUACCGCAACAUUAGUUUUCAUGCUCAUUUCGAAUCAUCUCCAUUCUCAUUGUUAUUAAUUUAUACAAACAAUAAAUUGAUUUUUAAUUUA